UGCCGAGCUGUCCUGAGAUAUACAUGGUCCGGUCCACAACCACCGCCUGACUAUAAAGAAAAUCUAAAAUGAGUAACCAACCACCUAGGAAAAUGUCUGAUGCUAAAGCGAGGAGGAGAGAGAUUAAGCUGAAAAACCAACCUGCGAAUGUACAGUAUCCUGUCAGUGAAGACAGGUCGCACUUCACAGGUAAUGGUGGCCAAACUCAGAAAGGUGCUGGGUCACGUCAUGGUUGGGUUAGAGGACAUCAAAAAGAUGGAGGUUACUGCAAAGAGAUGCCUAAGUACAUCAAUGCUGGCUCCUUUGCCCGGGCAAGAGCAGCAGAGGUGAAGGCAAUGGUCAAAGCUGUGAGAAAGAAAUCUGCCAGCUGUCAUCUGUUCUCUGCUCUACCAAAACACAUGAGAAGACGAGCUAUGAGCCACAACACCAAGCGUCUUCCACGCAGACUCCAAGAGAUGGCUACGAAGCUGCGAGAAAAGAGUCUACAGGGAGCCAAAAAGAAAAAACAAGAGUCAAAAAAGAAGAGUCGCAAAGCUCGGCGGAGACAUGGAAAUCUCUUGCUUGAGUUUAAUCGCAGACAAAGGAAGAACAUUUGGCUGGAAACGCACGUUUGGCACGCCAAACGUUUCCACAUGGUCAAAAAAUGGGGUUACUGCCUUGGAGAUAGACCCACAUACAAAUGUUACAGGCCCUGCUACAGAGCAAUGAGCAACCACUGUCUACUUCAGGACCUUUCUUAUUACUGUUGCAUAGAACUCCUGGGAGAGGAAGACAAACUUCUGGCAGCACUAUCACAACUAACCAGCAAAGAUACUGGUCCUUCCUUUGCAGCAGGUUAUUGUCUCUCAGGGCGUAGACAGGGCAGUGUAGUGGUCUACAGAGCCAGACAGUAUCCCUCACAGCCACUUGGGCCUGUCACCUUCCUCUGGAGACCUCCCGAACAAGGCUUAAAUCAGAGACAGCUGUGGAUUUGGGCCCACCCUACUCUGAAACAGGACCUUCUCACGGAGUUACAAUACGUAUGUGAGUGCUCUGAGCCUGUUAUUCCUCCGGUUGUACCAGUGGCACUGCCAGCUGAGGUGCCUUCAAGUGAAAAAACAAUGGAAUUGCCAAAUCCCAGCCCUGUCAUCAAACAAAUGUCAGGAAUCAAGAGAAAAAGUAGCUGUUCAGAUAAGAGUGGACCACCAGCCAAAAAGAUCAUAGGAGAUGGGACUAGAUCGCCCACCACACCUGUUAUGUGGAGGUCGAGAACAUCAACAACAGUCAUCCACGAUCUUACCAUGGAGAUCGUACGCUACCGGCUGAUUGGUCCACUGUCCCAUACUGUGUUGGCUGAAACGCUAGAAGCUGCUACAAGUUGUAAGAAUGUGGACAGUUCUGUGCAGUCUUCGCUCUGGUGGCCUGAGCACUGUAAAGAUGAGGCUAUGAUGAACCUCCAUAAGGAACAAUCUGAAAUCUUUGGGCUUCUCAAAGGGGUUUAUUCCACUGGAGAGAUUCCACCAGGGACAGUACUGGGUCUGAAUGUGGAUGACCCAAGAGUGACUUUACCAACUAAGAAGGUUAAAGCUUUGCCAAGUAUAAAGCAAGGGCAAGAGGUGGAUGAGAAGGUUAAGCAGCUCAUCUUGAAUGGGGUGUCAGAGCGUUGCUGCCAAAGCUUUUUGUGGGACCGCACAAUACGGAACAAUGUAACCGAGAACAAGAUACCAGAGCAGGAGUUGAACCGUAUGAAGUCUGACAUGCUGGUUCCUGGCUCUAGACUUCAGCCCAUGACUCUCCAGGGCCGUGUUCCUGUCCUGUUGGUGCACCAGCCUGGGAAACAGGUUGGACAUGAGAUGAACACCUGGGGGGCUGGAUGGGACAUUCUACUGCCUAAAGGCUGGGGCAUGGCCUUUUGGGUCCCACUGGUGUACAGAGGAGUGCGCCAAGGAGGGCUUCACAUGACUCUGAAACACUCUCAGAAUAAAAGUUCCCCGAACUUCCCGCAUGAUUACCCAGACUGUCCUGCUGGAAUUAAAUUUCAGGAGGAGCAGGAAGCAGAGCUUCUGGACAAGUUCAAACGACAUCCCCCUGCCAAACGAACCAAUUAUAUUAAACUUGGGUGUCUGGCUCCAUUCCGUUGCCCAUGGAAACAGUUGGCAGAAGAGUGGGAGGUGAUCUCGGCUGAGGAGAGCAAAGAGACAAAGGAGAGCACAGAUACUGACACAGUGAUGGAGGAGGGAGCGACCUUGCAUCAAGAUGUCACCUCUACAACACCACAGAGAUUGACUGUGCUCAGGAACCGAAAAUCGCUGCGGCUUCUCUCUGGUUGGUGUAGACCGACUACAUCCAGAGGUCAAAGGGCGUGUCGUCUGGCUCAGCCCGCGCCUCUCAACCAAUCAACUGUGAACUCCUUCCUCAGUGCCCAUGGCAUGAGUUUAGUGUGGGUCCGUCUGUCUCUCUUGUCCAAAGGAAAACCGGAGCUACAUGGCAUGGUGUGUGUCCCAACUCUUGAAGAUUUGAAAUUACUGCAUGACCCACAAUGCACCGGACCUCUUGAGCCAGCACACAAGGACCACUUUAAAAGUAAAUUGAAGCGACCACAGAAGUCAAAGAAAGCUACAGGUACUGGCCAACAAGUGCAAGUUGUAACACCGAUCUCCGUGGAAUCUUCCUCCUCCACUCCGAACUCCGUUUUUGGGCUGUGGCCAGACCCACUGCCUAGCAUCACCUCUCACUGCUCUCGAGUCACCCUCGGCUGGAUAACUCAAGGAGAUUUCUCCCUUACAGCUGGAUGUGGUGAAGCGCUGGGGUUUGUCAGUGUUUCUGGUCUCCUCAGUACCCUCCUGAAGCAGCCAAUGGAGCAUAGAGGGCUAUUACUGCUGAGAAACCCAACUUCUCUUCACUAUCGCUUUGUGAAAGCUAACAUAGAGGUCUGAGCCAUUGCAAGUGUCUUUACCUUCAUAACAAAUUAGCUUCACAAGAGAUUUAACACUGUACAAGUUAAUCCACUUAGGUUUAAAUCAAAUGAAAGCAGUGCGUUCCUUGGAGUGUUGAGUGCUUUGAAAAAAACAAAACUAUUGGUUAUGUAUUUUGAAAGUUCUUUUUAGUUGUUCAUUUAUUUUAGGGUUAUCAGAUUCUACCAAAUCCAUGAUUUAUUUUAUCUGUAAAAAUGGCAUUUUUAUGUUGCACAUCAUUGCAAUAAAGGAAAUCAAAAUCCA